AUGGAUUCUAUUCAGCGCAUCAACCAGCGGAUGGAUCUGCACAUCCGCAUGGGAGUGGACCAUUUCGAGUUGUGGGACGUCUCAAAAAUCACCUACUUGCAUGAUCCCGUGCGCUCUAUUCAGGUCAUCUCGGAGCGCAUCUACCAGUGGAUGGAUCUGCACAUCUGCAUGGGGGUGGACCAUUUCGAGUUGUGGGACGUCUCAAAAAUCACCAACUUGCAUGAUCCCGUGCGCUCUAUUCAGGUCAUCUCGGAGCGCAUCUACCAGUGGAUGGAUCUGCACAUCCGCAUGGGAGUGGACCAUUUCUCCCUGUACGAUGUGGGCGGGGUGGACCCACAACUGCGAACGCUGAUUGCGCCAUUACUGGAUGGAGGGAUAGCAGAGGUCACGGAUUUUCGCAACCUGGUUAACUACGAGUCCUGGUAUCAUGGGCAGGUGAUGAUACUGAACGAGUGUGUGUAUCGCUUUCGCCGCCUCUCCAAGUGGAUAAUGUACCUUGACUUUGACGAGUUCAUGUUUAUUGAUGGUCAGGAGCGUGUGCCCACGCCGCUCAGCGUGAAUCACUUCCUCAUGCCCUACGAGGGAAUGCCCUACGUCACCCACGGCAGCCUCUGGUGGGACUUGGAUCGCUGCCUGCCCUCCCAAGGCCCUGACGAGCCCAGGUGGCCGCUGGAGCGCAUGCUGUGGCACGGGCCAGGGGUAUUUUGUAAAGCCAGGGACAACCACACCAAGCCCACCAUGUGCCUGGACCACUACGGCCACCGCAAGCUUUUUGUGGACCCCAGACGGGUGCGAGCAGUGAUGAACCAUGUGGUUCAGGAACCCACUAUUGGCGGUGGGGGAGCAGACCUGUCUACGGACGUUCUGAGACACCACCACUUCCACGUGAGUGCUUUUUGGCGUCUUGUGUUCUGA